AUGGGGAUAGGGACCUGCAAGGAGGGGUUCAGCCUCUUCGGCCUGCUCAACAGAUGCGUGACGAAGAUGGGCAAGUCGCUGCUGCGCCAGUGGUGCCUGUCCCCGGUGGCUGACCUGGCGGUGCUGUCGGAUCGCCAUGACAGCCUGGAGGCCCUCAUGACGGCACCAGACCUGGCGGGCAGCAUGCGGGCCACGCUGAAAAAGGUCCAGGACGCUCCGCGCCUGCUCGCCCGCCUGCAGGCGCAGCAGGGCCGCCCCGAGCCCGCCGCGUUCCGGCAGCUUCACGCCAGCAUCGGGCAGCUGCUCGCCCUGCGGCGGCUCGCCGCGACGCUCGCGCCGCGCGCGGCGGCGGAGGUGGCGGCGGCGGCGGCGGCGGCAGGCCAGGGCCUGCUGUGUGACGUCAUCGACCUGGACAGGUGCACCCCCGCGGACGGCCAGGAGGCGGCUGUGGUGCACCGCGGAGUGUGCGGCCAGCUUGACCGGCUGAGGGACGCGUACGCCGCCCUGCCAGACCUGCUGACACAGGUGGGUUACGUCAUGCAGGUCACCGGGCGCCAGCUCAGCGAGGAGCUGCUGGAGCUGCUGCCGGACUACGAGCUUAUGUGGGGCCAGCAUGAUGUUGUCAGCGCUGAUGGCACCGCUGCAAUCGGGGCAGAUGGCAACCAGCAGCAGCAGGGUCAACGUGGAGCAGCAGGUGGUGGCGUUGGUGGUGGGGGUGGCAGUGGCUUCACCGCAUUCUACAAGACUAGAAGCUGCACACGGCUGAGCUCUGAGUUUGGUGAUUUGAUGUACAAGAUGAGAGACCUGGAGUCCAGCAUCUGCACGGAGCUGAUCAGGCGCCUGCUCGCCUUCCGCGCCGCGCUCAACGCGGCGUCCGGGGCGGCUGCCGAGCUGGACUGCCUGCUGGCGCUGGCUGAUGUGGCGCGGGACAACGGGUACUGCAGGCCGGUGCUGGUGGAGGAGCCCGUGCUGGAGAUUGUGGGGGGCCGCCACCCCCUGGCUGAGCUCAUCGCGGGGCCCUCUGGCUUUGUGCCCAACGACACGGCCAUGCCCCUGGCCGGCCCCCGUGUCCACGUGGUGACGGGGCCCAACGCCAGCGGGAAGAGCUGCUACAGCAAGCAGGGUGUGGUAAUUGGGAGUGGGAGUGCAGGGAUGGGUGAGGUGGUUGGUUGUGUUGAGCUUGGGUAG